UUCGAGCGUCAAGAUCGUUGUUAGGGUCAAAUGACGUUUCUCUUGUAGUCUAGGCGCACUUCCUGUUAAGAAAAGGAGUAAGAGCCUCUGAGGCAGCAGGAGACGAGAUUCACUUACUUUUCUCAUUUAACGACGUUUUGACGCAAGGGCAAGGAUACUACGAGAAUCCAGUGCGGCAGACGGCGUGCAGGGCCUCAGAAAGCUACUUAGUGGUUUGCUGGGAGUUCAGAUUCUGAGACCGAAAUUUCUAUUCAGUUCCACUCUAAAGCCGGUGUUUAAGUGUGCCAUUAUGGACAAGAGCGCCGUAGCCAAAAUGGGAGCCGUGGCCAGCGCCAGCGUAUGCGCCCUGGUUGGAGGAGUAGUCCUGGCCCAAUACAUUUUCACUGUAAAGAAGAAAACGGGCAGGAAAACGAAGAUUAUAGAGAUGCCUGCAUGCAAGCCCUGAAUCUCUGGAGUCUGCUUGUCACCUGUGCAGUUGCAGUAGGAAAGGAUCAAGAACCGAAGAAGCAAAGGUGCUUUAAGGUCAGCGCACAUAUGCCAGAAUUUCAGAAGAAAACUGUCCAUAUCAAAGACCCAGAAAGGGUAGAAGAAAUCAUCUGUGGUCUCAUCAAAGGAGGAGCUACCAAACUUCAAAUAAUUACAGACUUUGAUAUGACGCUAAGUAGGUUUACCCAUAAUGGCAAAAGAUGCCCAACAUGUCAUAAUAUCAUUGACAACUGUAAUCUCAUUACAGAGGACUGUCGCACAAAGUUAUUCCAGCUAAAAGAAAUAUAUUAUGCUAUUGAAAUUGAUCCUAGUCUUACAGUGGAAGAGAAGUAUCCAUAUAUGGUUGAGUGGUACAACAAAUCCCAUGCAUUGCUUAUUGAACAAGGAUUACAGAAGGAAAAACUUGCUGAAAUUGUGAGAGAGUCUGAUGUUAUGCUGAAAGAGGGGUAUGAAUUUUUUUUUGACAAACUUCAUGAACACAGUGUCCCAGUAUUUAUAUUUUCUGCUGGGAUUGGAGACAUCCUGGAACAGAUUAUUCACCAAGCAGGUGUCUACCAUUCCAAUAUCAAAGUAGUUUCCAACUUUAUGGAUUUUGAUGAUAAUGGCAUAUUGAAAGGAUUUAAAGGAGAAUUAAUUCAUGUUUACAACAAACAUGAUGGGGCAUUGAAAAAUACAGAGUACUUUAAACAAUUAAAAGAUAACAGCAAUAUCAUAUUACUUGGAGAUUCUCAAGGAGACUUAACAAUGGCAGAUGGAGUGGCAAAUGUUGAACAUAUUCUUAAGAUUGGAUAUCUCAAUGAUAAAGUUGAAGAACUGCUGGAAAAAUAUAUGGAGUCCUAUGAUAUUGUUUUGGUGAAAGAUGAUUCUCUGGAUGUGGCCAAUUCAAUCCUGCAAAAGAUUUUGUAGUGUUAUCAUUGUUUUCUUUUAAAAGAACCCAUUGGACAAAUUUGCAUGACCAGCUAUGAAAACAAUAAUCCAAUGCUACUUUCCAUACUAUUGCCAUUUCAUUUGAAAAAUACUGUAUUCCUCAUUAUAUUGCUCCAUGCUGUUGAAAUAUAUUUCACUGUUUAUUAUUUCCCUAUUUAUUAAUUCCAGUGGAAAUAUUGUUAAUGAUUACUGGAAAAAAUAUCUUUAUUUCUGCACAAUAAAUGAUAUUUUCAGCA